GCCCGUGCUUCCCCCGUGACCGUGUGCGGUGCACAUCUUUCAUUGCAUUAGGCGUGGUCAUAACGCAGUGACCAAGUGUUGGGGCAGCGUUUUUGUAACGCUGCGGAGCUGUGAGCACAUCUUUGAUGAGCCCUCCCUACUCCCUAUUGUGAAUGGUUAUCGAGGACUCCACACCCUCUCUCCACACAUCCCCCUCACCCCGGUCCCCUUCAUUUUUUUAAAGUCACACGUUGCCUUUCUUUAAAGCGGGCGUGAAGAGACCCCUGCAGGCCGAGAUCGAGGCCGUCCUGCGGGAGAGGAUCAUGGUCCUGGAUGGCGGGAUGGGGACCAUGAUCCAGCGGCACAAGCUGAGCGAAGCGGACUUCCGAGGCCAGGAAUUUAAGGACCACGCCCUGCCGCUGAAAGGCAACAACGACAUCCUGAGUAUAACUCAGCCCGACGUCAUUUAUCAAAUCCAUAAGGAUUACCUGCUGGCUGGGGCUGAUAUCAUUGAAACAAACACUUUUAGCAGCACUAACGUUGCCCAAGCUGACUAUGGCCUGGAGCACUUGGUCUACCGGAUGAACAAGUGCUCUGCGGCCGUGGCCAGGAAAGCGGCCGAGGACGUCACCCUCCAGACAGGAAUUAAGAGGUUUGUGGCAGGAGCGCUGGGCCCAACUAAUAAGACGCUCUCUGUGUCCCCAUCCGUGGAAAGACCAGAUUUCAGGAACAUCACUUUUGAUGAGCUCGUUGAGGCGUACAAAGAGCAGGCCCAAGGGCUCCUAGACGGUGGGGUCGAUAUCUUACUCGUUGAAACUAUUUUUGAUACUGCCAAUGCCAAGGUGAGUUAA